AAGAGCAGUAUAAAAGCACGAGAACAGAAAGCUCCGUCAGAUCCUCCGGCGGCGUUUCGCGGAGCAAGGAGCAGUCGAGCGCGGCCUGAACCCGCCGUGCGCGCGCCGAGCCGAGCGAGACUCGCCGUCCCCGCCCCCUCCUCGCCGUCGGCAUCAAUCGAAGCCCGGGCUCGACUUCGAGCCCGCUUCUGGACCGCGACCGCCGGAAUCUCACGGUCGGAAGGGGGGAGAAGAGGGAAGAGAGUGGGGAGAGGGGGAAGGGGGGAAAGAAAAGAUGUUCUUCCACAUCGUUCUGGAGCGGAACAUGCAGCUCCACCCUCGCUUCUUCGGUCGCAACCUCCGCGACAACCUCGUCGCCAAGCUCAUGAAGGACGUCGAGGGCACUUGCAGUGGUAGGCAUGGUUUUGUGGUGGCGAUUACUGGUAUAGAGAACAUUGGGAAAGGAUUGAUUCGAGAAGGGACGGGGUACGUGACAUUCCCUGUGAAGUACCAGUGCGUUGUGUUUAGGCCCUUCAAGGGAGAGAUAUUAGAAGCUGUUGUCACAAUGGUGAACAAGAUGGGAUUUUUUGCCGAGGCUGGUCCAGUUCAGAUCUUUGUCUCAAACCAUUUGAUACCAGAUGACAUGGAGUUCCAAUCUGGAGACAUGCCAAACUAUACGACAUCAGAUGGAUCGGUAAAAAUCCAGAAGGACAGCGAAGUGAGACUAAAGAUAAUUGGCACUCGUGUAGAUGCGACAGAGAUAUUCUGCAUUGGCACCAUUAAGGAUGAUUUCUUGGGUGUGAUAAAUGAUCCUGCUGCUGCCUAAAAAAGAUGACCUCCAUUUUCUUUGCCAUGGGAGCUGCAUGCCUGCAAUACAGAAUGUCCGAGCCUGUUGGUUUUAGUGCUCUUUUAAAGACUUCCUAGAGGUUGGCGUGCUCUAGUCAGAACCUUGUUGAGGUUGGCUGGCAUAUAACUGGCUUGUUCUCAGUUUUGUAUACAUAUGGAACUUCCCUGAAGAAUGUCCCUUUAUGGCAAUCAAUUCACCAAGGACAUUCUAGACUUUUUCUCGAAAUUAGAAUGAAAUCGACCGGUCCAGUAAUUCGAGGACAGAAAUA